AUGACCACUGAAGUUGACAUGAAUAAAGAGCUGGCUGUGAACCGCCUUCAGGAACUGGAGAAGCUCAAGCAAGACUUGCAUGAAGUGACUUCAGAGAACAAGGACUUGCAGGAGCAACUGUCAAGAUCAGUAGAGGAGAACGUGCGGCUGUGUCCAGAAUACCGCUGCAUGCAGUCACAAUUCUCUGUCCUGUACAAUGAGUCACUGCAGUUAAAAGCGCAGUUGGAUGAGGCUCGUUCUCUGCUGCAUGGGACACGCGGCAACCACCAGCGUCAGCUAGAGCUCAUUGAACGGGAUGAGGUGGCUCUUCAAAAA